UUUCGCCCGCCCAACAACACUAAUGUAAUAAUAUAUUUGGAAAAGUAACGAAGUAAUUGUAGGUGUGAAUCUAAACUUAAUUUUAAAUUCCAAACACAGUUUUUAUUUGAAUAUGAUAUCAAUAUUGGUUUUAUUAAAAGUGCCAAAUUCAGAAUAACAUAUGCCAUGAAGGCAUCAACUGUAUAUACCAAGCCCAAUCCAUACACCCGUUGUAAAUGAGCUGUGUUCAAAAAGUACAUACCAUUGAUGCAGUAUGGCGUCGAAAGGAUUAUGUCAGGAACGAAAUAACACAGAAAAUGAAGAAUCCGAAAUUGUUCCAGAUUUUGAACCAGGGGCGUCUCUUGAGAGUAUGCUUGUUACAACUGAUUCUUUUGAGGAACUGGAACAGGAAAUGGAUUCUAGUUUUGAUGAAAGGCAAAUGAAAGAAAGUACAACCAGCACUAUUAGUGAGAUUCAAGAAGAAUUGCAUGAUACAACUAUCCCUGAGGACUCGAGUUCUGAUCAGGAUGACAAGCUAAUUGAAAAUGAUGAAGUGGAAGAAGUAGCAUCACAGUUAAGUGAAACAAGCCUCACAUCCAAUGAAGAAGGUAACACUGCAGCCACUCCCGUUGGCUCCUUGCCAGAGGAAGAGUAUUGGCAAAACCCUGAAUGGAAGGAAAGGAAGAAACAUGUAUUUAUUCUUAGUGCAGCUGGGAAACCAAUAUAUUCAAGGUAUGGUAGUGAAGAUAAACUGGUAACCAUAUUUGGGGUCAUGCAGGCACUAGUGUCAUUUGUACAAACAAAUCAAGAUACAAUUCGGUCCAUCCAUGCAGGGAACUCUAAGUUUGUGUUCCUUAUAAAAGGUCCUAUCAUCCUUGUUUCUGUGUCACGGACAACAGAAAGUGUGUCGCAACUGGUCCUGCAGCUCACGUAUGUGUACAAUCAAAUUGUAAGUGUUCUUACAUCCUCACAACUGACCAGAAUUUAUGAGCAGCGGCGUAAUUAUGAUCUUCGUCGUCUGCUAGCUGGCGCAGAACGACUGAUUGACCACCUACUGAACUUUAUGGAACGAGAACCAGCAUUUCUUCUUGGUGCAGUGAAAUGUUUGCCAUUAACACCAUCUGUGAGGGAUUCUAUUACACAGACAAUCGUACAAACUUGUGGCAAAAUUAAGAACUUGGUGUUUGGUAUACUGCUUGCCAAGAACCAGCUUAUUACAUUGGUACGCAUGAAGAAAUACUUCAUUCAUCCAGCAGACCUGCAUCUGAUUUUCAAUCUAGUGAACUCAUCCGAGUCAUUCAAAGCCGCAGAGAGCUGGACACCUAUAUGUUUACCCAAAUUUGACUCAAGAUUCUUACAUGGGCACGUAUCCUAUCUGUCAGAUGACUGUCAGGCAUGUUUGUUACUACUGACUGUGGAUCGAGAUGUAUUCUUCACACUGUCGGAGGCAAAGCAGAAAAUUGUAGAGAAACUACGACGUGGGAAUUGUCUAGAAGCAAUCAAUGAGAGUGUGAACAGAGCAAGCUACACAGCAUCGCAGGUAGGGGUGCCUGAAAUGCGACAUUUCCUGUACAAGUGCAGGUCAACAGCACAGUUCUGGAGCCCAGCACUGGAGCCUCCAUAUCAUGUGACUGAGGAAUCAGAGCGGUUACUGGGCCUGUAUCAAGCCCUACAUCACCGCCUCCAUGCUGCCUCACGACCGCUCAAGUUGCUGCACCAGCAGUUAGAAAAAGAAACUAUGCUGGGUUGGGUUACAUCUGGUUUUGAACUAUACAUAACAUUUGAACCUCUAGUGACAAAGCACAGUGCUAUCAAUGCUGUCAACAAACUUCUUAGGUGGAUCAAGAAGGAAGAAGAUCGACUGUUUAUUCUCAAUGCACCUACAUUCUAGUAUAGCUAAUGAAAAACAGCAGUUCUCAUCAUACAGUGGAGGAUUUGUGGGAUCUUUGUAACUCCUCACCGAGAUCUUUGCAAAUGUAACUUGGGGGUGUUUCCUUGUUUUAUUACUAUAGUUUGUAGUAUUUGUACAACUGUAGCAUAACAUAUGCAUCACCCAUGCUUUUUUAAGAUAAUUUAAUUUGUCAGAACUUUGUAUGGCCAUAAUACCUGUAUCGAGCAUCUUUUUGAGAUAACCAAGAGUAAAUAAUUGAUUUAAUGCAAAUUAAAUACCAUUUGAAUUCUUAAAAUGACCACAAUAUUUCACAGAACUUAACAAAAGAAUAUGAAGUAUAGUGUUAAGCAGAAGUACUACUCUGUUAAAAAACAAAGAAUAAUGAAAAUCUCAGAAAAAUAUCCUAAUUAUCCCUAAAUUUGAAGCUGUGCUAAAAUAUACAGGACCUAAAAUAGGACAUUAAAAUCCGGUCUGUAUGCCACCACCGUCAGGGAAACAAAAAUCAUGACUUUACAAAUUUUUGGCACUUCAUAUGCCCAGAGAGACAUACAGAAAGCACUGCAAGUAAUUCAGAAACUGUCUGAAGCAUCACACACUGCCACCAACAUGGAUCCUGAAUCAGACCUUUUUAAUCAUUAGGGAACAACAAAGCUACAACACUCAAUUAUAAACAUUUAAUAUGCGAAAAUUAUCUAAAACAACCUUAAAUCAGGACACUGCACUGUGAAACCUUUAGGCUAUGUACCAACAUUUCAGAGGAUUAUACUGUCUCUGUCUUCAGGGUUGAAGAUACAACCCAGAAGACUGUCUGUAUUCACAUUUGCUGUGAAAACUUCAACUCCUACAUCUAAUGUAAAUGUUAAUAGUAAAAAAUAUGUAUUUUCUGGAAACAGUCCAUGAAAAUGAAAAAUAUACCACAUGUAAUUAUAUGCAGAUAGAUUAUUUACCCACCAAUCAUAAUAUUCCCAUCUCAUUCAAUACAUGAAGCUGAAACAGAACCUAGUAAUAAGCAUGAGGCUGCUUUGUGUGCUAGCUUGGAAAAUGAUUUUGGGGAUUAUCCUCGGUUUUCAAAGAAUCAUCAAGAAGUGUCGAAGAAAGCAUUUAUAUUUGUAUUUUUAAGAAAAACUGAAAGUACAUUACUUGUCCUUGAAUGUAACUUUUAUCAAGGUUGGUUACACAUUGGACACAGCAGACUCCUAUUUAUCUGGGGGCAGAUUAACCAGGGUCUAUCUGAUUUAAACAGAAAUUAUUGAGAAAAUCUGUUGUAAAAGUUAAAACAUUUGAAAAGUAAUAAAUAAAUACAAAAAUUACAUAUUAAAAUUAACUGCUGCUAGAACUUGAAGUUUAUGACAAUAGAAUGUUACUACUAUCCACUGGAAUCCAUUUUAAAAAAUAGUUGGUAUAUACUGUAUAAAAUUUUAUAUCAGAUCCUUUCUGUUAUUAGAAAAUCUUUACAAAUUAAUGCCUGUAAAUAAACUUAUGUAUCUGUUUCAUUUGCAUGUUUGUCUCAUUCUUUCACAUUAUCUGGAAAAAUACAUUUCCCAACCAACCUGGAUAAUCAAGAGUCUACUGUAACUGCUAAAUAUUUUUGUCUUUACAUAUUACACACAUGGCAAUUUACAAACAUGUCUUGAAACGUGCAUAAUGUUUUACUGGCACUCGUUUGUGAACAAUCUUAUAAACCAGAUUGAAACAUUUCAGAAGGUAUUAAGGAAAGCAAGACCUACUUUUUAGCCUUUGUAACAUUUUAUAUACUCAGUAUUAUCAUGAAUUACUUGAGACCACAGUCAAUUUAUAUUUUAGCUUGAUGCAAGAAACAGGAUUGCAGCAAUGAAAUGUUGCUACUGUGUAGCAAGGAUUUUCAUGGCCAUAUUGUUUUGUAAUGCACAUACAUAUGUAGUACUGUAAUCAACAUUUGUAAAAUAAAGUGCAAGUAUUAAUGGACAAA